CGGGGGAUCUUUGUCUGUGUGUAGGCGCUGCUGCUACUCGCUACUACUAACAGCACUUGCCCCAACAGUCCUGAUAGAGGCUACACGGGGGACCUUUAUCUUUGUAGUGAUCGUUAUAGGCAGGUAGGCGGUGCGGAUUAUUUUUUUUCCGAGCGUCUUAAACUUUUAUCUCUCAGCAAGCCGCCGUGUUUAACUUACACGCGCGAACACACCUAUGUACACAUAUAAAAACGCGACAAUAUAUUAACGUGAAAACAAUGGGGAAAAAGUCUCAAGAUCUGAACGGAGUCGGUGGUGACAACAUGGCCUACCUCCAAGAUGAAGAGAAAGGGGAGGCCUCUGGGGCGACAUCCCAGGCCGCUGCGGAUUCCCCGGGGGCACUGCCGGAGCGCGGGACGUGGAACUCCAAGGCCGAGUACCUCCUCUCCAUGGUGGGCUACGCCGUGGGGUUGGGCAACGUGUGGCGCUUCCCCUACCUGGCCUACAAGAACGGAGGAGGCGCGUUCCUCAUCCCCUACACUGUGAUGCUCGCGUUCGCCGGCCUGCCACUCUUCUUCCUCGAGUGCGCCUUCGGGCAGUUCGCCAGCAUGGGGCCAAUCACCAUCUGGAAGUCCGUACCCAUCGUGAAAGGCGUGGGCUGGACGAUGGUGAUCACCUCGGCUCUGGUCGGCAUCUACUACAACUGCAUCAUCGCCUACAGCCUCUUCUACCUCUUCGCAAGCUUCACCUCCGAGCUGCCGUGGGCGGAGUGCCAGGACUGGUGGGGAGCCGACGAUCGUUGCUUCGCGCGUGCAAAGUGCAACUCCACCAUGGUCAGCUGCAACACUUCCAACAGCGACAACGCAUCCCAAUCCCCCAGCGAGCAGUACUGGAAUAAGUACGCGCUGCAGCGCUCCCCGUCCAUGGACGAGACGGGCCCCGUGGUGUGGCACCUCGCCCUCACCCUGCUCCUCGCCUGGGUCAUUGUCGGGGGCGCCCUCAUCAAGGGCAUUCGCUCAUCUGGCAAGGUGGUCUACUUCACGGCCACGUUCCCCUACGUGGUGCUGUUCAUCCUUCUGGUGCGUGGGGUCACGCUCCCGGGCGCCAUGCUGGGGAUCGAGUUCUACAUCGGGGCCCAGUCUGACUUGUCCAAGCUGAGCUCGGCGGAGGUGUGGAAGGACGCGGCGACGCAGAUUUUCUUCUCGCUCUCCACGGCGUGGGGUGGCCUCAUCGCCCUCACGUCCUACAACAAGUUCCACAACAACUGCUUCCAGGACGCCCUCGUCGUCACCGUCACCAACUGCACCACGAGCGUCUUCGCCGGAUUCGUCAUCUUCAGCAUCCUCGGCCACAUGGCACACACCACCGGGAGGGAAGUGUCGCAGGUGGCCGACGCAGGCUUUGCCCUCGCCUUCAUUGCAUACCCCGAGGCGCUGGCCCAGCUUCCCAUCUCUCCUCUGUGGUCCAUCCUCUUCUUCCUCAUGCUGCUCACGCUGGGCCUGGACAGCCAGUUCACUAUCCUCGAGACGGUGACCACCGCUCUGCUGGACGAGUUCCCAAAAUUGUUUGGGAAGCGGCGGCUCCAACUCCUCUUCACACUCUGCAUCCUCCUCUUCCUCCUGGGUCUCACCUGCACCACUCAAGCUGGUAUCUACUGGGUGAAUCUGAUCGACCACUUCUGCAGUGGCUGGGCUCUGCUCGUUGCCGCCAUCCUGGAGCUCAUUGGCAUCAACUGGAUCUACGGAGGGAAUAGAUUCAUCAGCGACAUCGAGAUGAUGAUCGGCAAGAAGUCGUUCCUCUUCUGGCUCUGGUGGCGCGCCUGCUGGUUCGUCAUCUCGCCCCUGCUGCUCAUCGCCAUCCUGGUGUGGUCGCUGGUCACCUUCACGGCGCCCAGCUACGGCGACGUCAUCUACCCGGGCUGGUCGGUGGCACUCGGCUGGUGCAUGAUCUCCUUCAGCCUCGUGUGGAUCCCCGUCAUCGCCGCCUGGAAGAUGACACGGGCCACUGGGGGGCCUUGGGAGCGAUUGAAAGCCAUCUGCAGGAGCGAGCCAGGCUGGGGUCCCCGGCUUGCCGAACACCGCACGGGACGCUACGCUCCCCUCGGCGCCACCGCCGUCCCGGUCUACGGCAACUCCAACUCCUCCUCCUCCUCCUCCGCCGCCGAGCCCAGCGAUGGGGUCAAGGGAGCGGCUCGGACUGGGAGCGUCUCCUCCUCCUCCUCCUCGCCGGCGGCAGCGGCUGCGGCUGCAUCGUCGCCGACGAAGCGGAGUCGGGACGAGGGCUUCACCACGGCGCUAUGAGCCGCCCGCUCGUUCGCCCGCUCGCCCGCUCGCCCGCUCGCCCGCUCGCUCGCCCGUUCGCCUACUCGUCCGCUCGCUCGCUCAUUCACUCUUGCACUCAUUCGCUCAUUCGCUCGCGUGCUCAUUCGCUCGCGCGCUCAUUCACUCUCAUGCUCUCACAGUCAUUUGGUCAUCCACUCGCGUGCUCAUUCGCUCGCCCCCUCGUUCACUUUCAUGCUCAUUCACUCGCACGCUCAUUCACUCAUUCACUCGUGUGCUCAUUCACUCUUACACUCAUUUGCUCGCGCGCUCAUUCACCCUCAUGCUCUCACAGUCAUUUGCUCAUUCACCCGCAUGCUCAUUCCCUCAUUCGCUUUCAUGCUCAUUCACUCGCACGCUCAUUCCCUCAUUCGCUUUCAUGCUCAUUCACUCGCACGCUCAUUCACUCAUUCGCGUUCAUGCUCAUUCACU